CUUGUUUGUAUAUGAGUCCAGCAUUUAUGCUGCUUCUUCUCUACAUUUUUAUACACUGUCUUGUUUCUAUCUCUAUAAACGUGCUUUUGUUGUUUAAAGCUGAAAACUUCCAAGUCAGACAAAACAUAGCCAUAUCUAUGCUUCAUGUUAUGUAAGAUCAUACAAUUACUAAACGUUCUGUUUCACACUUGUGCCCUUCUUCCUUACAUCUCGCUCAUUUUCAUGGCGGUGAAAUAUAUGAGUGCUUAUCUUGGUGUGAUUUUGGAGAUUGGUAGAUUCUGAGCAAGCAGAGACAUUUGAACCGUGUUGCCCAUCAUUUCCUCUUUUCUAUUUCUUGAAAAACAUUGACUCAGUGAUUUGAAUAAAAAGGGAUAGAUUUGAGAGAUAAGCAUCUCUUUGGAUCUUUGGGAUUUUUGGAUUGAGUUUGCCCCCAAUAGCUGGUUGGGAAUCUCAAAAGUAGGAUUUUUUACUUCAGGGUUUUGUAUUUUCUGUUUUGAAGUUUAUGUGAUUCAGUGAGUGAGAGGUCUUGUCAUGUCUAUUGAGUUUUGUAUGCAUCUGCAAACAAAGUAUUGUGUGUUUGGUCUGAUUUUGUCUUGAUUUCCAACUUGCCAUAAUAAUGCAAUCAUAUCUACAGAAUCUAUCUCUACGAGAAGCUACUUUAUCUCCAAGGAUCAUUUAGAAAUCAAGAGGAAUCUAGAGAAUUGUUCUUGCAAAAGUCCUCUUAAAUGAGCAGAGAGAAACAGGGGAAGAGAUCAGGUUCUAAUGGGACUGAGAAGGUUCUUGUUGCUGUCAAAGCAUCUAGGGAGAUUUCAAAGACAGCAUUUGUUUGGGCCUUGACUCAUAUUGUUCAUCCUGGAGAUUGCAUUACUCUGAUUGUUGUUGUUACUUCUUACAAUGCUGGCCGAAAGCUAUGGACUUUCCCUAGGUUUGCUGGAGAUUGUGCUACUGGUCAUUGGAAACUGCAUUCUGAUCCAAUGUCUGAGAUAAAGAGUGAUCUCACUGAUACUUGUUCCCAAAUGAUUCUCCAGCUUCAUGAUGUAUAUGAUCCAAACAAGGUUAAUGUCAGGAUCAAGAUUGUUUCUGGAUCACCAUGUGGAGCUGUUGCGGCUGAGGCCAAGAAAUCUCAAGCAAAUUGGGUAGUUCUUGAUAAGCACCUUAAGCAUGAAGAGAAACGGUGCAUAGAUGAGUUACAAUGUAACAUUGUGGCGAUGAAGCGUUCUGAGGCAAAAGUCCUGCGGUUGAACUUGGUCGGGUCUUCAACAAAGGAACCAGAAUUAGCAUCUGAAAAAAACAAAAACAGGUUGUUAGAUUCUGUUAAAGCGGUUGUUACAACUACUCCAAUGAGCAGUCCUGAGGUUGAGACAUCAUUCACAGGAACAGAAGCUUGGACUUCAUCAGUAUCUAGCUCUGACCUCGGUACAUCAUCGCCAGUUUUCACAGCUGAAGUGAGAAAGGAUGAAACUUUGGUCGUCAAAGAGAAUGAAUCUGAUUCUGAUUCAGAGAGCGAAAAUCUAUCACUACCUUCCUUAAGUAAGAGAUUCCAACCAUGGAUAUCAGAAUAUCUUAGCACUCAUUGCGUCUCGAUGCAGGAAUCAACGAGAGGCGAUGAUAAGGCUGUUCAAGUAUCUACUAAAAAGGCUUUGCUUGAGAAAAUUUCUAAGCUUGAUGAAGGAGAAGAAGCAGCUAUGUCAAGUAAAAGGAAAGACUUGGAGGAGUAUAGUGGAACCUUAAGAGCGUUAUCACGAAAUGCUCCUCCUGUUUCACCUCCUCUCUGUUCUAUAUGCCAGCACAAAGCGCCUGUAUUUGGAAAACCACCGAGGUUUUUCUCCUACAAAGAGUUAGAGCUUGCAACAAACGGGUUUUCGCGAGCUAAUUUUUUGGCAGAAGGUGGAUUUGGAUCUGUUCAUAGAGGUGUAUUACCUGAAGGCCAGAUUGUAGCAGUAAAGCAACACAAAGUGGCCAGUACACAAGGAGAUGUAGAGUUUUGCUCUGAAGUAGAAGUUUUGAGCUGUGCUCAGCAUCGAAACGUAGUUAUGUUAAUCGGUUUCUGCAUCGAAGAUACCAGAAGACUCUUGGUCUAUGAAUACAUAUGCAAUGGAUCAUUAGACUCUCAUCUAUACGGUCGCCAUAAGGACACUUUGGGAUGGCCUGCAAGACAAAAAAUAGCGGUUGGAGCGGCUCGAGGUCUUCGAUAUCUUCAUGAAGAGUGUAGAGUAGGUUGCAUUGUUCACCGAGACAUGAGGCCUAACAAUAUACUAAUUACUCAUGAUUAUGAACCACUGGUUGGAGAUUUUGGUUUAGCAAGAUGGCAGCCUGAUGGAGAGCUAGGUGUAGACACGCGUGUGAUAGGAACUUUCGGCUAUUUAGCUCCAGAGUAUGCUCAAAGUGGACAAAUCACAGAGAAAGCCGAUGUUUACUCGUUCGGGGUUGUAUUGAUCGAACUAAUCACGGGUCGUAAAGCAAUGGAUAUCUACAGACCAAAGGGACAACAAUGUUUAACUGAAUGGGCAAGAUCUUUAUUAGAAGAGUAUGCGGUUGAGGAAUUAGUUGAUCCGAGGCUCGAAAAGCGAUAUUCAGAAACACAAGUCAUUUGCAUGAUUCAUACAGCUUCAUUGUGUAUACGUAGAGAUCCACAUUUGCGUCCUCGCAUGUCUCAGGUGUUGCGUUUAUUGGAAGGAGAUAUGUUAAUGAAUGAAAUCUCAGGGAGGUUUAAUGGAAGACUAUCCACUGAGAAAGGUCUCAGAGAUCAUAACUAA